AUGGAGCAGGAUAGACUCGUAGGGAGAGGAAACCUUCAUCGGAGAGGUGGUGGUGCUCCUCGACAGAGAGGUGGUCUUCAGAGAAAUGUAGGCAGAAGACAACGCACCAUCAUCUCUAAUGAAGUCCGGGCCAUCAUUGUUGACCAUGUAGUUAACAGAGGCUUUACCAUGGCUGAGGCUGCCAGAAUUAACGGGAGACAACCUGGUGGUGGUCGCCCACGUGUUUUGACUGACCAGCAGGAGUUGGCUGUGGUGGAAAUGGUCAGGGCAAGGAAUGACAUACGGCUGUCUGAAAUCAAACAGGCUAUUGAGAACAGCAAUGACACCUUUGCCAAUGUGCCAUCAAUUAGCCUUCCAACGAUUGCCCGGCUUUUGAAGAAGCACCAGGUUUCCAUGAAACAACUUUACUUGGUUCCUUUUGAGAGGAACAAUGUCCGGGUGAAACAACUGCAUUCAGAAUAUAUUCAGAGGGUGAUGGAGCUGGACGCUGCUGUGAAUCAUCACAAGUAUAUUGUUGUUGAUGAGGCCGGUUUCAAUCUGGCAAAAACUAGACGCAGAGGACGUAACCUGAUUGGACAAAGGGCUACCAUCCAAGUCCCUGGACAACGUGGGGGAAACAUUUCAAUGUGUGCAGCCAUAUCUGAAGAUGGUGUGGUAGGCUGUAGACCAGUUCUAGGGUCAUACAACACUGAACACCUGAUAGUUUUUUUAAAUGAACUGGAGCAGGCCUGUCAGGGAGAAGACAUCGUCUAUGUUGUUGUGUGGGACAAUGUCAGCUUCCACCAUGCACAGCUGGUUCAGGAAUGGUUUCAAACACAUCCUCUCUUCAAGACCCUCUACCUUCCACCAUAUUCCUCUUUCCUCAACCCAAUUGAGGAAUUCUUCUCUACAUGGAGGUGGAAGGUGUAUGAUCGCCAUCCCCAUGAGCAUGUCUCCCUUCUUCAAGCCAUGUGUGAAGCUUGUGGUGAUAUAACUGCUGAGCAAUGUCAAGCCUGGAUUCGUCAUGCCAGGAGAUUUUUCCCACAGUGCCUGAACAACGAAGACAUCCACUAUGGGGACCACCACCCCGGUGUUGAUGGAAAUUUAUGGCCCAAUGUUAAUGAGCGGCUUGAUUAA